CACACAGUACGUUAGGAAAACAUUUUCCAAGAGGCCAAAAGGUUCUCGCUCCUGCAGCCAGCUGCUCUUCUUCUCUACAUCAGCACUCCUCUGCCGCCCAAACUCUCCAACAUGACUGAGAGGCGUAUUCCUUUCACCCUGCUCCGCACCCCCAGCUGGGACCCCUUCAGGGACUGGCACAGCCGCAUCUUCGACCAGUCCUUCGGCAUGCCCGCUCUGCCUGAGGAGUUUGCCACAUUCCCCAGCAGCCACUGGCCAGGCUACAUGCGGCCCUCCAUCAUGUCUCCUGAGAUGGGCGCCAUGAUGCCCCACACUCCCAUGAUGUACCCCGGCGCCGUGAUGGCUCAGCAGGCCCGACAUGCCCUCUCCCGGCAGAUGAGCAGUGGCAUGUCAGAGAUCAAGCAGACCCAAGACAACUGGAAGGUGUGCCUGGAUGUGAAUCACUUCUCCCCCGAGGAGCUGGUGGUCAAGACCAAGGAUGGAGUGGUGGAAAUCACCGGUGAGUGCUCCUUUAUCUUCCACUGGCCUCUGUCACAUUAAGACUUAAAGAGAUCAACAUUUUGAAGUGAUCUUAUUGGUCAUUUAACAGCUACAGCUGGUAGAAGUGAAUACUUUUUACUUACUUACAGCUGCAUCUUGAAGAGAUGUCGGUUCUUCUUUUCUGAAGUAAAGAUGAUAAAGUUGUACUCAUCCAGAAGAACAAAAUAAAUCACCUGAAAUCAAAGCUCCAAAAAGUAGCUUUUAAAAAAUAUUAUAAUAAGAAAUGAGAAGAAACACCUCUUUUCUAAACAAGUGCAGUACAGAUACAUGAAAACCGUACAUGUGUACCUGAGUUAUCAUGCUUUAUCCUUAUAGACUUCUUAUCCCUUCUGAACACAAAACAAUAGGGGUGUGUCCAGAUGGGUGGCUAAGGGUGGCGUUAGCCCCUCUCAAAAUCUGCCAUCCACUCCAAAAGUCUAAACCAUGAUUGGUCAGACACACCCCUAUGGGACAGAUGUGUCAAAGGUGUACAACAACAAGUCUCACUGUAUUGAAUGUUAAUGUUAUCUUGUAACACUCUUCUUUAAUAGAGGGAUAUAAUUUGGUUUUUAGAUUGCUCUAUUUUCUAGUUUUGGUUUCAAGUUUAAGUUUUAACUUUUAUAAGUGUGAAGGAGAGGCUGAUUUUCUUACUGCUCUCUGGGUCUACUGGGAUCACAUCAUAUAUUAAAUAUAUUAUCAAGAUUUAGAUUAUAACCAAAGACCUGGGGCUGCUUUUUAUGCAGGAAUGACUGUUGUAAGAUUUGUAGAUGUUGAGCUUUGAUGGGUGAGGUUAGAAAGUGUGACAGCUAACCUCGGUCCUCCCGCUGAGGUUUGUUCCUUCCCUUUGUCGGAGGAACUUCUGCAGCACUGAACAAAACACAAGAUAAAAGGCAGGAAACCUUUCUGCUAGGUCAAGCACAAGACAGAUGCAUUGCUGCAGAGUUACAUAAUACCUGGAGACACAAUAUACUGGGAUUUUUUUAUUGCACAGGAGGGUGGGGGCUUCUGGCUGCAUGCCUCCCAAAUGCAAAACAAUUCAACAUGUGGGAGUGCACCUCUGAAACAGCUCACAGAAAUACAGAGUUCAAACGCCCAUAUCAGAGAUCUGGUUCCACUCUUUCGCCAAUAUUUUCAUUCUUGUGCAGGAACAUAAAAACCCCUGAGGAAUGGCUGUUAGGAUGAUUUAGCCCUGUGAGGCCUUGAGCUCUUCCUUCAGUCCAGUCUCAGUCUCUGAGCCUGACAUUUCACGAAUAAUCACUCUUAGAGUAAGGGGUUUAACCGCAACUCACCCUCUGUGUCUGCUACUUUAAAAGGACUGCUGGGUCUCGUCCAGGUCCAGGUCCUGGGCACCGUUAAAUCUGAUAUUUCCCUGCUCAGACAGUGGGCAUAGACAGGACCAGCAAAGAUAAACAGAGCCCACGACUCAGUCCAGAGUGGAAUCUAUCACCUCCUGUGUCAUCAUACGUGUUUAAAUGUGAUAUCAUCAGCUUAAGUUUUGAAUACACAUGAAAGUACCACCUCUUUACGCUCCAGCCCUCCUCUCUGAACUACAUGAAACCUGGCAUGGUCACUUUAAGCCUAGCUGUGCCACACUCUCACCAGCUCUGUCGUCCUGUUGAAAAGAGGACAGCUCCCCGUGGAGAGGGAGCUUUAUCAUCCGUCGUCAAAACAAACAUAUUACUGUGGUUAGAGCCAGGAUGGUGGGCAACUUCACAGCCAGACCUCUGAAUGCCUAAGAGAGACUGUCCAUAUGAAAACUGGUCAGGGCUGUCUGAUGAUGCUGUGGGUAGCAGCUGUAGAAGAUAAAAAUACCACAACAAAGCCUCCAUGGCACAAAACAGCACAGUCAUGGUGCUGCUUGAAACGCCCUGUGUCACUAAUACAGCAGAAACAGCCGUGUCAUGGUAUUUGAGGAUAUAUUUUUUUCCCAUUCUUGAUGAAAGUUAUAUGAAAACUUUAAAGUUUACAGAGUUAGCAAGAAACAGAAAUUUAUCUUCAAGAAAUACUCUACAAAAUCUGAUUUAAAUUAGUUCCAUAAAGUUCUUGUGCAAAUAGUAAUGUCUUCUAAAAAAAAAGUAGAGCUCCCUCUAGUGACUGGCUAAAGUACAUGUAAUUAACUUGUCUUCACUGCUAUAGGAGGUGAAACAUGGUUUAAAGUAGAAUUUUAAUGAUACAUCAAAUUGUGUUUUUUAAAACCCCUGUGAGGAACUCUGUCUGUGUUGAUUUUGGCGCCCUCUGUGGACAAAGUAGAAACUCUUAUUAUGUUGUCAUACCGUCUUAUCUUCAUGAAAGUAAUGAUAAUUGAGAAAGAAAUCUCCUCUUGUUGGCUUAUUAAGGUGGAAUGAAUCACAGCAAAUAUGCACUGUUGGAAAAGUAACUAAGGCUGUUUCUCUGGCAUAUUAACCUCUUUAAGCAGUGACAGGCAAAAAUUACAAGAGAGAAAUUUUCUUUUUUUCUUUUUAUUAAUAGUCUCGUUUGCUUUUGCACAUCAUAGAGAUGCAUCAACUGUUAAUCUUAGGGCUCUAUUUUGGUGCUUCGCCGGAGAUCUGCCGCAAGCGCAGCGUCAAUCAGAUCCGCCGCGCUGACAAGGCGUUCCCAAGCACAUUUUGGUAUUUUGGUGAGCCGCGCAGCCCGGCGUAAGUAUCCCCCCUCCCUAACUCAGCUCCUCCCAGCACCAUAAGUCGGAGAAAGGGCGUGUAGUGAUUUUAACAAAGCCGAGACCUGUUUUCUCCAAUCACAUUAGCUCCUCUCCUUGCCUUUAAAUCCGCCACCGGCGAGGCGUAUUACUAUUUUCAUGAAGUAGUCAAAGAGAUCAAGAGAUGUCUUAAGACAGUAAUGCCACAAGAUGGCGACAGAGGGCAGCUCCUCAACAAGUGUCCUCCACACUCUCUCAUAUGAGCACAGAUGGAUUUAGUGUGCGUAAUGUUGGUCCCACUGGUAAGACAAACACCCUUUUCCACAAAUAAAGACACUCACAUAAAGUUGCUCAUAUUCAAACCUCACGUGACAAAGGUGGGUUUAGCGCACAGAUCACAACAUAAACUCCAAAAAUGGCAUUAAAAUUGGAACCAUCUGUGCGUAAAUGACGCAUCGCGCUCCGUGGCCUGGCUCUUUCUUUCAUAGAUGUUGGCAUAUAAAAUAAAUUUGGCCCACAAAACUGAAUAUUAUAAUAUCCGUAUGUCGGCUUAAAGUAGAUCACGCAUCUGAGCACUGAAACAAAUCAUCUGUUCAGUCGCAGCAGCAGCAAGACGGACAGAGGACACGGAGACGUGUCCAGGUCGAGCUGCGCGAGAAAUAAGAGGAAGAGGAAGAAAGAAAAGGAGGGAGACGAAUUACAUAUCUUGUUAACUUCAUCAUGUGUGUUUAUUUACUAGAUAUUUAAUUUAAUUUGAUGCGGUUUCAGCUGUGUUGAUUCGGUCAGGUUGUGUGUCCAAACGCGUGCCAAACGCGCUCAUCAGAUCAGAUAUAGAUCAGAAUAUAUCUAUAUAGAUCUAAAUAUAUGUGCUGACUCAGAUUAAUAGUUGAUGAUGAUUACUUAUUGCACUGAAAUGUGCCUGACACUGUGGAAACCUGCCGGUGAGGCAUCAGUGACGUAUGUCGAUACGCCGCCGGUCUACCAAAAUACUACUAGACCAGCUGCGUUCCGCCUUGCGCUGAAAGCUGACCAGGUUUGAAUCGGCGAGCUUUCAGCGCACUUUACACGCCGUUGGCGAGCACGAAAAUGUCACUGCGCCAGCUGAUUCUGUCAACACCUCCCCCUGCCACACCACCACGCCCAGCUUGGCGGAUCUCGGCUCGCCUCCGUGCGGCUCAUGCCACGAAAAUACCAAAUUGGCCUUACGCUGGGUUCCGCCAGACGAAAAUACAACUGCGCGGGGCUCGCCGCCCUCCGCCGCCUCACCGGCGCGAACGAAAAUAGUUAAUCUUAGUCUGAUUCAUGACCAACUAGAAACUCCUCACAGGCUCUUUACACAUGCUUUUUUCCUUGUAGUUCAUUCUCAUCAUGCUGAUUUAAAUCCUCUAAAAGUUUAGUUCAAAUCAGUUUAUUGAUGUCAAAAACUGAUCGACUGACAGCAUUGUGAACUGGUUUGGGCUCCUGCAGAUUACAAGGAAGCUGAUUAAUUGACUGAUGGCGUCAGUUCAGGGGCUCCUCCAGCCAGAUUGCCUCUGCAGAUGCCUUGGCUGUAAAAUUCCUCACCAUCAAUAUUUUGGUGCCCAUCUCUGCAGUAUUUUAGCUGGAAGUGUCUCGUCCAUAUUUAUAUACAGCUGAUGAUAUUACCCAGAAAUCAGCUGAUCUUGCCCCUUGUCAGACCAAACAUGAGGUGAACCUAUGCUGUAGAAUCCAGAUCCAUUACCUGUUUUUACUAAAACUGACCUAGCACCAUGCAAACACAAACACAUUGCCAAUCCUGAUGAGCAUGUAGGGAAGAGUAGUAGUAUGAGUACCAACUGUAAGUCAAUGUGGACACUUGGAGUGGACUCACCCAUCUCUGAGGGAAACCAUGCCAUCACUGUGGUGAGAAAAGGCUUUCUUCCUGUGGAAGCUGAACUCACUUUGAGACACACCCCAGCCAAUUGGUGCAAAGUGGUUCUAGCCAAUCACAAUAAGGGGGCAGGAUAACGGGGGGCUCUUUUUUUGGGGAGAUGCCAACCUCAGAGGGGAGACUAUGGCAAACCAUGACUGCGAUGGAAAACCAACUUGUUAUUGAAGGGUUGACAGCAGACCUAUUUGCAUCAUCCCUCAGACAUGCAGCUUGUGAAACCUGAUCAUGGGUUUCAUCAUGGAUGUAUUUGGUUGAGUUGAAGCAGCUCCAGGGUUGAAGUAUUGUGCAUCCUUACUGUACCACACAAAAUUUCUGCUCAUGUUAAGUUAAACCCGUGAUAAGACCAAUUAUCAGCAUUUUAUGGGUAGUUGAGUGUUGUAAAAAAUAACCACUGUUCAGUUUAAGUGUAAAUUCAGUGUAAAUGUGCAAGAGUUAAACCUCAAGAUUGUCUUUAUUAAUUUCCUUUAAGGAAUUUCUUCCUACAUGAUUGGUGCAUCAUGAUACAUUUUUAAUUCCUGGCUCCAUGAAGUGACUGUGGCUGUCAUAUUAGUGCCACAUCAGUGUAAAAGUAUGCUGUCUGUGUCCCCAGGCAAGCACGAGGAGAGGAAGGAUGAGCAUGGCUUUGUGUCCAGAUGCUUCACCAGGAAAUACACGUAAGUAGCUGAAGUUUUCAGAGUCAUUAAUUACCAAAGAUUAAGCUUGAAGUCUGCUCGAUAAAAACAAGCUGCUGGCCAUGCAAUAUGUCAGCAGCUCACUUCAAAACUGACAGAUUUCUUACUAAAGGCGGCUGGUUGUGGCUCUUUGAUGGGGGCUUUGCAAUGGAUUUUCACGGCAGAAAUGCAUUACUCAGGCUGAGUGUAAACUCCUGUGAUUCUCUUAAUGUGGCUCUGCAGCUGUGAGUCUCUUUAGUUUUGGGUUGGGCAGUCUGUAGAGGCCUGGCUGCUGCUGAUAUCUGAAUUUCAUGCUCUGAAAAGCAGCAGCAGCAGCAGUCUCCACCUUGUAUUGUUCAUUCCUCAUCUGAGUGAGUUUGGUGCUCUACAGGACUCUGCUGCCAUCCAGGGGCCAGAUCAAAGACAGGCUGAGCUGGUCCUGGAUCUGAUUUUGCACAGUCCAGGGUGACUCAGACAUAAAUAUUCCAGUUUGUCUAAAUUUAAGACACAGGGGAGUUUCUUUUUCUAUCUUAUAUGAAUAUUUUGUAAUUUUACCUGAUUAAUUUUGGGAAUGUAUAAUCAAUAAGAUUUGUUAUGUAACCUCAUAAAAGGGUUAAAUCAACCACACUGAGGCCUUGUUGACCCUAAAAUCCAUUAAAGAAGAACCCAGCAAAGAAAUAAGGAUGGAGAAUGGUGGCUUUACUCUUUCAAUCCAAUAAACUUUCUGUGGCUUCAAGGGGGUAUAAAAUGUGAUUACAGAAAAAUAAAUCAUUUAAAAAUAAUUUAAAAUUUAAAAAAUACACAUUUAAAUAUGUUUUUAAUUACAAAUUAUUUGAGAAAUGCGCUCCAUUUUUAGGUAUUUUAAAAGACCUGUAAUGAACUUUAAACUUGUCUAAAUUUUAGCGCCCCUCUGUGGACAAAGGAGUCUUAGCAUAUCUUGUCCUCUGUCCUCUUGAAGCCUGACUGCUGACAAAAAAAAAUCGAUCAUUUAUCAUGAAUUUUUAACGUUGAAAUUAUCAAAACAGGGCUGUAUCUCCAGGUGCUCAGCUGACACCGACUCCCUCAGACCAGUUUCAGGCAUUAAAAAUGACAAAACAGAAAUGUCCGACUUGUUACUGGUGGUCUUUUUUUUUUUUGGCUUUCCGUUAUCAUGAUAAAGAGUCAACAUGAAUUUUAGUCUACUUUACAGAUGUAAAAAAAAAGAAAAUCCUCACAAGAGCUCUAAAAACACAUUCAUGUGCAGUACAUGUAUACACUAAAUUCAAAACACAAAACCCCAUCAAUUCCUGUCACACUCAUGUCAAAAGAUAUGUAAGUUUAAAUAUUUCAACAAGGUUUUAUUACCCAAAAGUGAGUAGGAGAAAAGAAUCUGAAUCUAGUUUACCUGCAACUGUGUGGAGUAUGAUAAAAAGGAUCAGUUUUAGAAAACUUAUCCAUAUUUCCUUUAAUUAUGAGAGAGAAAGCUGUAUCCUUGAGCCUCUGUCAGACAGUGUGAGACUUCUGCUGUAGAAGUUAGCAGCAUCUGUCUCAUGAAGAUGUGAAAUGAAUUAUUUCUGUUUGCUCCACAGUCGGCUGAACUGACACAGUGGAUACCGAUGAGUGUAAACCCAUAAUGGUUGAUUUCACCUUGAAGCUCCUGUAAGGAGUUUUUUUGAUAUUCAUAAAACAGAUUGAAAUACAUAUUGAUGCUUUUUUAUGAUCUACAAAAGCAAACAAGAAAAUUAGGAACAAGAUUGACAGUUUUAUGUCAUAAUUUUUAAUGUCUCAAAUGAGAGCAAGGGGGAGGUGUCAGCCAAGCAUCUAAAGAAACAGCCAAUACCAAAAACAGCAAAUACCCAAAAUUAAGUAUUUAUCUGACAGUGAAAAGUCUGCGGGAAAUAAACUUUUGUUAGAGGACGCAACAGAAGCAUGUGAUGUACAAGAAGCAAACUGAAAUUGGCAUAAACCAAACAAUAGUGGAGAGCUAUUCAAAAGCUGUCUGCUGAUAAUUGUUAGUUUAAAUUUUUUCCCCCUGUAAAAUCAGCCGAUUUGUGUUAUUUGAUUUUAACUUGCAGGGUUACAAAGAAUCCUUUCUUUAAAAAUUUGUUUCAGUAAGUUAAUAUUUCAGUACUAUUCAGUGUGUUUCUGAAGUCUGAAGUCAAACCCAUUCUAACACAGACUUGUGCUGACUUUUUAAAAAUCAAAGAGGUAGUUUAAUCUCGCCAAGCAUAUUUUUCCUGUAAUAAAACAUUUAACUUUAAAAUAUAUUUGAAAAGAAAGAAAAAACUUUUGAAACUAAAAUUCAAGAGCUGAAAUUGAUUUACUCAGCCAUAGAUAAGAGUGACACACUUAAACAGUCAAAUCUUCAAAAAUGCAUAAACUUUACUUUUGCAUUAAGUCAUUGUACGCAGUCUGUUGUAGAAGACACUAAGUAAUUUGCUUAAAAAUUACUAUCAAAACAUAAGAGUCAAUGUCACUUUGCAUGUCUCUAAAAACCAACAUUUCACAAAUAUUGCUCUGUUUUCUUAUAACUCUUGUAAAACAGUUAAGAAGCUGCAGAGAUGAAGUAGCAUUUAUUUCAGAGCUCAUUUCUUAGACAGGAACAUUUCUCAAAGCUUGACCACGAGGCUUUUCUUCUACUUUUCCUCCCUCUUCUUAUAGUUGUUAUAACUAUUACUACUGUUAUUUUUAUUAUUAUGAUGGGUCAUAGUAGCAGUUACAAGGUUGUAGUUCGUCAGUGACAGAUGCAGGAUUUUGUUAUCAAUUCAUCCAUUCCACUCUAUAAAUGUAUUUUGCCAGCUCAUCUGAAUACACAGAUUGACACACAGUCAAUUAAAGAAAAAGUAAAAUUAACAUGCAAUUUAACAUUCUGUUAAAACACACAGAAUGUAAACAACUGCAAGUUUUAAUCUCCUGAAAUCAAAGAUGUGUCUUCCUCUUCUCCCCUGCAGCCUCCCUCCCACAGCUGACGCUGAGAAGGUGACUUCCUCCCUGUCUCCCGAUGGCGUGCUGACCGUGGAGACCCCUCUGAAGAUGCCCGCCCUUCAGACCUCAGAGACCACCAUCCCUGUCAACAUGGACACCAAAGGUGGCGUGGUGAAGAAGUAGAGAGAGAAACUUCCGUCGACUCACUUCCACACAAACACACUCUCAAAACCAACACUUCAUUCCCAUCACAUGACCUCUCCUCCUAAAACAGGGAUCACCCUCACUCUCUUCUCUCCCCUCUGUCUCUGGUAAUGAGCAGACCCCAGCUGAGUGCACAGUGAUAUCACAUCUGUAGCAGAGCCACACUCCCACUCUUCCUGCUGUAAUUAUGAACGUGGGAACUCUCGCUGAACCUCAUGCAUAACACUUUUUUCUCUUCCUCUCUAAGACAAAUGAAAACAAAUUUAAACCUCUUACAUGCUGCACCUACAGGCCUGCAAUAACAGCGGACUUAAACAUAAGGAACUAAACCUCAGAGGAGCAAUCAGGUAUAACUGGUACAGAACAACACCUGUCCACACUGUGGGCUGUUUUUAUCUGUUGUGGCCUUUGGAAACUUUGUUUUCAUGCAAAAACUAAAUAAAGAUUUAACAACCUUUUUUUAGUCUCUUUCUCUGUUUAUAUGUUUGCUGGCCAGCAGCCUCCUCUCCAUGUCCUAAAGCAGCUGCUGAGAGUCAUGUGUUAGAGGUCUGCAAUAAACAAUACAAGCGAAAAGUCAAAUCAAAGCUCCUAAAUUUUUGUCAGUUUUGAUGAUAUAUGAUUCAUCCGACAGUUAUAUAAACAGAAAAAGGAGCAGCUGAAAUAUGCCAGCCCAUCUCCUUAUCUCGGCUGCCUCACACUGUCAUGUUCAGUACAACAUUGAAGAACAGCGCCCUCUUCUGGUCGUCUGAUUUUAACACAGUGUGAGCAUGCACAGUCUUCUGUAAAUUUAUGUAGUGUGGAUGAGAUGUUGGUCCUGGCUCUUUUGUGUCAUGGUCCUGUUGUUGUACAGUUGUUAAGUAAAGUGCUGCAGUGUUGUUUUUGCAUCAGAACUCUGGGAUUGAUGCAAGUCCAACAAAUUUCAGCUGAAUUUCAAUUGUUGUGUGGGAAUAAUGACUGAAGUGGCAUACCUGAGUGAACUCUUCCUUUGAGGUAACACUUUAUUAUUCAUAAAUUAUUAGCUGGUUAUCAGUUUAAUUAGUUCAUUAUCCAGUUUUUAAGUAAGUUCUUAUAUUUGAAAUUAUGUAGUUGGAGACGAAGAAGCCCAGGGGGAAAAAAAGUAUGAUCCAAGAAGUGCUAUGAUAAUUGUUUUUCAGUUUAAAAAUGCUGUUAAAUCUUUCAUAGGAUUAAUUGCAUUAUUAAUGUCAUGUUUUAAAUUCCUUAACUUUUCUGAUUCAGAUUCAGACAACUUUACUAACCCCCGAAGAGCAAUUCAUUUCACAGUUAACCCACCUUGUUAUUAAACGAUCAAGGAACAGACAAAUGCCAGACAUUUACAGCAGCAUAAGGCCCAAAC